AUGUAUCAAAAUUUACGACGACUCAUCAAUGUUAUUGAUGAGCUUCGAGAUGUUGGCCUGCAACAAUACAUAAAUCUUCCUCGCAUUUGUGUUGUCGGAACACAAAGUGCUGGAAAGUCCUCCGUUUUAGAGGCAAUCGUAGGCAUGGACUUCCUUCCCAGAGGAGAAGGCAUUGUAACGCGUCGUCCUCUCGAACUACGUCUUGUUCACGAGCCUUCAUCUGCUGAUGAAUCAUGGGCAAUGUUCGAAGCCCGAAAGAAUAAAAAAUAUACCAACUUCGAAGAGGUCCGGAAAGUUAUUGACGAACUUACAGAGGAAGUCGCUGGAAAGAACAAGGCAAUCGUUGACGCUCCAAUUAUUUUAACUGUUCACAGUCCCAAGUGUCCGGACUUGACUCUCAUUGAUCUUCCUGGUAUUACCCGAGUUCCGUUGAAGGGGAGCGAUCAAACAGAUGAUAUCGAGCGAUUAACACGUGAUAUGGCGACUCGUUACGCAAAAGACCCUCGAACAAUCAUUCUUGCUGUUGUUGCGGCAAAUGCCGAUAUGUCAACCAGUGAUGCUUUACAAUUAGCACGUCGCGUGGAUCCUAAAGGCAUUCGGACGAUUGGCGUUAUAACCAAGAUCGAUUUAAUGGAUCGUGGUACUGAUGCAUCUCGAAUGUUAAUGGGAGAUGAAGUCCCAUUGAGAUUGGGAUACACAGGGGUUCGUAACAGAAGCCAACAAGAUAUUAGGGAUAACAAGACCAUUGAAGAAGCUCUCAAAAGCGAGAAGGACUUCUUUUCUUCUCAUCCGGUGUAUCGCUCUCUAGCGCCUCAUAUGCUUGGAACGCAAUCGUUGGUCGAAAAGCUGACCAGAGUGCUGUUCCGUCAUAUUCGCACGUAUUUGCCAGAGAUCAAACGAGAAAUUGGAAAUCGGAUGAGGUCGGUUCAAAACAGGUUGGACGAACUUGGAAGUGGUGUCCCAAUUGAUUCUCAAGAACGAGUACAACUGAUGUGGUCGAUGAUCACUGAUUAUUGUGAAGUCUACAGAAAUACGAUUAGAGGCAAAUUCGAUAAGAAGUUGCAGACAUAUUUUGAACAUCAUGAUAUAACCAGUGGUGCUCAAAUUCGUUCAAUCUUCAAUGAAUUACUUCUCGAAUACGUUUCAUCUGACGUCACAUCUGAGAUGACAGACUAUGAUAUUGACUUGGCGAUUCGAAUGCAUGAAGGGGAUUCAUUACCAGGAUUUCCGUCACCAGACACAUUCGAAUAUUUAAUUUUGCCUCAUUUACGGAAAGUCCAAGCGCCAGUAUUUGAUUGUCUCGAUCGCGUCACCCAAUCGCUUGAGCUUCUCUCCCAAACUAUCGCAAAUCGUGUUUUCGGACGUUUUCCUAAACUUUCUGAGCAGGUAUUGGAGCAAUCAUCUGUCAUUAUUGCGCGAGAGAAGGAAAAUACAAAACAAAUUCUGGAGAAUAUUGUUGCAGCGGAAACUGGUUAUCUCUUCACAAAUGAUUCAACAUAUUUGACGCAACACGGAUCGAUGAUUCCGAUGAAUGAUAAACAACCUCAACUCGGUAAAGACUUAGCAAUGACAUUGAAUGAUGUUUUGUUUAUAGAUAAACGAAUGAUGCUGCCCUCAUCUUCCGAUCCACCAACGAAUGUCCACGCGUUCUACAACUCAGUCCAGAACACAGUGUCUGGCAUGUGGAUGGGCAAUGAGAAGAAAAAGACGCAUUACAGUGCUUCGUUCAUCAAAGAAAUUCGGGAGCGACUGGACGCUUAUUUCGGAAUUGUUUUGAGAAAUAUUCGAGACUCUGUGCCUAAAGUCAUCGGAUGUUUCCUCGUUCGUCAGCUUCAAGAUAAACUUCAGUUUGAGUUAUAUAAUGAUUUAAAUAAAGCUGAGCGACUCAGCGAUCUACUCGGGGAACCCCCUCAGAUUAUGGAAGAGAGACAAUGCUUGGUCAAUCAAAUUGCGACUCUCAAGAAAGCCACCCAAGUCUUACAACGGGAUCCUUCUAUUACGGCGUUAGCAAUUUCGGAGUUUGAUGAGCUGUACGACGCAGAUUUAGCGCAACUGCAACAGCAGUCUUCACAUGGCCGAGUUCCUUCAACUGGAGGCGUUCAUGCUGCAUCCCCGGCCCAGUUGAAUGGCGUCCCUCACGGAGUUGGACCGCAAGGAGUUGCAGGAGUUGCACUACAGGGAGGCGCACCGCUAGGAGCGCAAUCUUCCCCGCCUCCUCAACCUCCAAGUGCAGCAAAUCUCUGGGGAUUGCGAUCAGGCAGCGGCAAAACUGUCGAGCCGAAAAAGCCGGGUGGAAGCCUUUUUGGAGACCGUCCCAAUCGGGCAAGUGGCACUGACAACAUGUUCGCUGAUCCCAAAGUAAGAUAA